AUGACGGAUAGUCAGGAUAAAGUAAAUGGUGGAUCCAAGAACACAUUUCUAUCAAGAGUGUUUGGUGUGCACUCAUCUGCUGUAGAAAACUCUUUGGAUGCCGCUGAGAUGAGCCAUAUUACUAUGCCUACGGAACAGGAUUUUAGUAACUAUGCCGAGGAUGAAGGUAAUGUGAGGCUAAUAGAAUCCGAUCAGGAACCAUCUUCAUCUAACGAGGACAGCAAUGAUGAGGAGCCGCUAAUACAACAGCCACAAUCCAUAAGAUUUGAUACAGCAUCUGAUGGGAUGGCAACAAUACAAUCGGAAUCAGAGCCCGAUGAGGGAGGUACAGAAGAAGAUGAAGUGCACUUAGAAGAAGAGGAUUUCAGCGAUCAAGACUUGGCAAGCUCUGUUUCGAAAUACGGACAGCCUUCAAGCAGCGAAGACGAGGAGCCAUUAUCAAAUCGUGACAGUAAUAGAGGAUCUGACGAAACGAUACCUUUCAUAGGUAGACAACGACUGAAUCUAGGUGGUAAAAACCCCAUUACAGGAGCAACUAAGUCAACCAAGAACCCUUCGGAAAGCAGGGUAUUCGAAAGAUUGUUAGGGAAUAGCCCUGCAAAGAUGUUUCGCAAUAACGGAAGGCCGAAUAAUCUUGAGGAGAGUUUUCUCUUCCGAAAGCCAUCAGUCGCAGAACAAUCAGGACCAGGUAAAUCAACUCAUUUCAAUUUGAAACCUCCUCCAAUAUUUAACAAUAUUUCUACUUUGACAAGCACUUCAAAGAACAGCUUAUCUUCACUUAGUCCAAAGGAACGAGCUUUAUGGAAAUGGGCAAAUAUCGAAAAUUUAGACACUUUUUUGCAGCAGGUGUACGAAUAUUACCUAGGGAACGGAUUCUACUGUAUCAUCACAGAGAAGGUUAUUCAUCUAGCUACAAUCUUGUUUGUGGUAUUCAUUUCAACUUACAUGGGCCAUUGCAUAGAUUAUUCAAGGUUGUCAUCGUCUCAUACUUUUGAAGAAAUUCAUAUUGAACAAUGUUAUAAGACACAGAUCUCUCCAACUGCAAAGGUAUUUCUAUGGAUAUUUUACGCCUUCAUAGGGCUUAAAGUUCUACAAUUGUAUUUUGAUGUGAAAGCAUUGAAGGACAUCCGAAACUUUUACAACUACCUUUUAAGCAUAUCAGAUAAAGAUUUACAAACUAUUCCAUGGCAAAGUGUGAUUCAACAACUAGUAUUACUUAAGGAUCAGAAUGCGAUCACAGCAAAUGCUACCGAAGUCAAAGCAAAAAACAGGUUGAGUGCGCAUGACGUGGCUAAUCGAAUUAUGCGCAAAGAGAAUUUUGUCAUUGCACUAUAUGAUAACAAUAUUCUUGACUUAUCCCUACCAGUACCUCUACUAAGAACAUGUGCUCUUACCAAGACGCUCGAAUGGAACAUAAAUCUUUGUAUUUUAGGUUUUGCAUUCAAUGAGAAGGGCUAUUUAAAGCAAGCUUUCUUAAGAGAAAGCCAGAGAGAAUACCUGGGAGAGGAGUUAAAGAAGAGGUUUGUUCUUGCUGGAUUCUUGAACAUUAUCUUAUCCCCAUUCUUAGUAACAUACUUUGUUCUAUUGAACUUCUUCAGAUAUUUUAAUGAGUACAAAACCUCCCCAGGAUCAAUAGGUUCUCGGCAAUAUACUCCUAUUGCUGAAUGGAAAUUUAGGGAAUACAAUGAAUUAUAUCAUAUUUUCCAAAAAAGAAUGAGAUUGAGCAUGAUAAUAGCGGACAAUUAUGUCAAUCAAUUUCCCAAUACAUUAUUAAGCUUGACCUUAAGCUUUAUACAGUUUGUUUCCGGUUCUUUUGUGGCAAUCUUGGGUAUUCUGACAAUAUUUGAUCCAGACAAUUUCUUAAACUUCGAAAUUACACCUGACAGAACUGUUUUAUUUUACAUGACUGUUUUUGGUACUUUAUGGGCAGUUUGUCACAGUUCUAUCAACGAUGAGUAUACGGUUCUCAAACCAGAGGAAACACUGGAGGAACUUGUGUCGUAUACACACUACGCUCCAAAGGAAUGGAAGGGGAAAUAUCAUACAGAGGACAUCAAAAAUGAGUUUUGUAGGCUUUACAACUUGAGAAUCACAUUAUUACUAAGGGAACUAGUCAGCAUUAUAAUCACUCCCUUCAUAUUAUGGUUCUCCCUGCCAAAGAAUUCAGAAAGAAUAAUAGAUUUUUUUAGAGAAUGUACCGUCUAUGAGGAGGGGUUGGGAUACGUGUGUAAGUACGCAAUGUUUGAAGCUACUAAAAUUGACAAAGGUACCAAGGCCAAAAAACAAACUAAGAGAAUGUUUUCCCAAGCAGAACAGGAUGAUAGUGAAACCGAAUCGGAUGAGGGUGUUAACAAAAUGCUUCAGUCAUAUAUGUACUUCGUUGACGAUUACAAGAAUGCAGGCAAUGCAGUGGGCAAAAAUCAGCUACCAGCUUCUCCAAUCGAGCCAUCUUAUCACCCAUACAGCUCUACUAAAGACUAUUCCUGGAAGACACAAUUUGCCUUAGGUAAAAACUCCAAUCGUAAGAGAAAUCUUAAUCGAUCAAGGGUGAAGAGAUUCCCGGAUCGUAGUUCGGACCUUGAAUUAGGCUCAUUGAGUGGUUCACUUAUCAACAAAUCUACCCUUUUUAAGGAUGAUAUUGCUGAUAAUGCUGACGAACUGAAGGCGGGAAAUGGUGUUAUGGGCCUAUUAAACCAAUAUUACAAAAAAUCAGAUCGCAAUCGAUGA